AUGUCUCUACAUGUUACAGGCCAAGGUUGCAUUAAGCCAGCUAUUAGACCUCUUGAUUUAAAACCAAAACAAGCACUCCUACCUAUUUCAAUAGAAGCUCUUUCCCAUCCAAAUUUGGAUGGGAAUGCAAUAUUUCAAGAUUUGAAAUCCAAGCUAUCCUUAUCCUCAUAAAUUCCUCCACUUUUUUAUAAUUUAUAUCACAAUUCUUAUUUAAAAAUUUUUUUCGAAAUCAAUUUGAAGCAAAAUAACUUCUUUUUACCAAUCAAACCACCAUCAUAAUAACUCAAAACAAUGACUAUCAGUAUUUCAUUCUUCACUUUAUGCACUUCUAAAUGAAGUUAAAUGCACCCAAGACAAAGAAAUGCAGGAUAGCUUGCUUCAAAAGGUAUCGAAUUGAUACUAUUCUAAAAUCUCAACAAAGCAUACAAUGCCUGAAACCCCCGAAGUUGGAAAAGAUUCAAGCCCAGGCUAUAUAUCAAGGCUAUCAACUGAUGAUAACUCUGUUAUUGUAAGCCAUCAUAGAGGAUUGUCAUUAUUGCCUGAUUUAUCGUCAAGGUCUCCAUCGCCUCCACCUCUAUCGUUGCAUUCUUAUAAUUGAUCAUUAAGCUAUGAAAAGCCAAGAUAUGCAGCUUUUACUUCACAUAAUAGCAAUCGACCUAUAACUGAAGCUGAAAUUAUGCUGAUAUCUAUUGAAUUCAAUAUAAAAAAGCUCUUUUUUGCUGAUUUAAAUAAAAAAGCUACUAUUAAUUUGUUAAAAAUUCAACCUAAUAAAGAAUAACCUCGAAAAAAGGCUCGAAAAAAUAAAAUCCCGAGAAAGGCAGCGCAGAAAAGUCCACUUAUUCAGAGAAAGUAUUUUUUAUAUAGAAAUUCAGAAAGACUUCGGCAGCUACCAAGGCAGAAAAAACGAAGAAUUUUCAAAAAAAAUGCAGAUGAUAGAAGAAAAUUACAGGGAAAGAAGAAUCAAAAAAUUUAGCGAAAAAGAAAGAAAAUACAAUACCGCCCACAUCGAUUUUUCGAGUAUCAAAAAAGAAGACUCUGAUGAAGAAAGCAGCACAGAUGAAGAAGCAUCAGUGAAUUACUCAAAUUUCAACAAAGUUGGGAGGUUAAGAAAUUUAUAUUCGAGGCUAAUUGGCAUUGAAGAAGUCCCUUAUCGGCCUAAAAAAAGAAGAAAUAUUUCGCUUACUAUAAAUUUCAAUAAUGUUUCUGAUAUGCAAGAGCCAAAUCCUCAGGUAAGAAAUUUUCAUGAGCAAAUUAAUGAGACUUUUUUAGUGAAGUCUAAGCUAGCACAUAGAGGGAUCAGAAUUCCUAUUAAAGAGCUGGAAGAAGGGAUAGUUGGCUUUAUUUCAGCAGGACCUGUAAAGCCAUCUGAUUUACCAAAAGGUGGAGAAAGUUUGCUAGAAAACCCUACACCGUGUAUAACCAAAGAGAAAAGCAAGAAAAAAAAGCCAAAAAAAGACUAA